AUCCUGAUAGUAGCAAUACUGGUACUGAAAUACCUAAAAAUAUUACUAUCGAAGAUUUUCCUGACCAAAUCGAAGAAUGUGAACCAUGGCCAAACACAAAUGACUUCUUAAUUCAUUUUUAUCAUAUUUAUAUAAUUAAAUAUAAAGGUGUUAAAAUUUAUCAAAUGAAUUUUGCAAAAAAAAUUCUUAUUUAUAGAUUUCCAAAAAAUGAAUUUGUAUUGUUAACUGGUACUAAUGAUGAGAUUGAAAAAUUAUGUAUAAAGCAAGAAUAA